GUAAUCAGUUCAGAUUGUCUGUAUUUCCUUUAUUUAUUGAUUUCGUAUUUAUUUGAACGUCUGUCAAGGACAGUGAUGGUUGCUGUGGUUAGUGGAAUUCUUCCAGCUUUUGAGGCACAUGGAUUUGGUUUGCUGUGUUCUGCUUGCCGGUAUCUUUUGGUUCAGCCUAGACAGACUGAAUGUGGCCAUCGGUACUGCAAAACUUGCCUGGAGAAACUUUUCAAUGACUCUGACCCAGCUAUGUGUUACGUAUGUCAAGAAGUUAUUUCCAGUUCACAGGUAUAUCCAGACAAAGCAGCAGAAAAUGAUGUGUUUAGGACAGAGAUCCACUGUCCUGCAGCAGCCGAUGGAUGUCAGUGGAAAGGCAUUUUAGGACAUUACUUGCACUCACACAAGAUGCAGUGUGAAUAUCUGGAGCAGUCAUGUCCAAAUGCAAACUUGGGAUGUAAAUUUGUUGGUCCCAGAAAAGACAUAGCUUCCCAUACUGAAGGCAGCUGUGAAUGGAGAAAAGUAACCUGUCCAAACUGUAAAAUCUCUCUGACGUGGUCUGACUUACAGGGUCACCUUAAUAACUGUGCAAAACAAAGCAGCAUUCCACUCCAUGGCAGACAAAGUAGCACAGAAAUAGAGCUGUACCAAGAAAGCCAGCCCUGCCAACUUCCAGAAGCCCAACAAGCAACUGUGAUAGGUGACCUUAUGUCUCUGACACUAAACCUUCAGGCAAAGGUAGCACAUGAAGAGGAAGUCAAUCAGAAAUUCAAACAGUUGGUAAUGGAUAAGCUUAUAACACUGACAGGACUGGUAAGCAGAAAUUCAAAACAGGGAAUGAGUGACGAAAUGGACAGCAAAAACUGGCAUGAAAUCAACAGAACUGCAAGUCAUGAAACCGCUGUUCUUUCACAGAAAAUGGAAUAUCUGGAAAAGGCAGUGUGUGUACUAAACAAAGAAUUGGACAGAUACGCUGGUACUAUUGAAAGUUUGCAGCAAAAAUGUUUUGAGUAUGAACAAAUUAUUAAAGAUCUACAGAAUACAAACCAGACAAAUGGGAUUCAGUCAAAGUCGGCAAACUUCCCUCUGAUUGGCAAUAAUGGUAUCCUUGUGUGGAAGCUGGAAAACUUUAAUGCUUGUAUGAGGAGUGCAAAAUCUGGGAAGAAGACCUCUUUCUAUUCAUCCCCUUUCUCAACCAAUCCAUUUGGUUACAAGCUCUGCUGCAGGAUAUACCCUAAUGGAGAUGGCAGUGGGAAGGACACGCACAUCUCCCUUUUUCUGGCAGUGAUGAAAGGGGAGUUUGAUGAUGUUCUCCCUUGGCCCUUCAAACAGAAGGUCACCUUUAUGCUUCUGGACCAGGUCAAUGGCAACCACGUGAAAGAAACUUUUAUACCUGAUGCUUUUAGCUCUUCUUUUCACAAGCCAAAGAGCCAGAUGAAUGUUGCAAGUGGAAGCCCACAGUUUUUCAAGCACAGUCGUCUCUUCUCUCCCAAUAGUCCUUACAUCAAAAAUGAUACUGUCUUCAUCAAAAUCAUUGUUGACAGGACUGGACUAGAUUUGUAGAAGGAAACUAAUAUUACAGUGUCAGAUUUAUUUCUAUUUAUUGCAUUGUGGUAAUUCCUAACAUAAACAUGUUAGGUUACAGAAGUAUGCUGCUGGGCAGCUGUUUUGUAGCACUUUAAAACAAUUUGGUCAUUGUAGUUAUGGCGCUUAACUGCCAAUUGUGAAAAAAUGCUCUUCAGAAGGAGAUGAAAUAUACAAAAAGGCUGCUAUUGACUGUAUCAAAGUAAGCAAAACGAUGUAUUUUCCAAUGUGUAAUUACAGCAUAAAAGUAAAUCAAGCUUAUUAUGAAUAUUGUGCAAUACUGAUAAAUAGUUGAAAAGCUUUUUUGUUGCAUCUUCAAACAACACAAAAUUGCAGGUUACUUGACUGAACAUUUUUAAAGCCAUGGCCAGUAGUAUUCUAAAAAUGAGAGCUAAUUAUGAAUUAGUGCUUUGUUAAAUAAUUAUGGCUAUUGUUCAUGUUGAUGUAAACCCAAAUAUAGGGACCUUGAGUAUGUUUUAUAUUCUAAAAAUAAAAAAAAAUUCAUGCAGAUGUGAAAAAUCUAAACUGAAAAUUUCAUUAUUUGUGAACAUCGUGCAGUUAAAUUUACAGGUGUUAAUUUGAUACAUGCUUGUACUGCAGUCUGAAAUUUUCUAAGAUUUGUAUAUUUUUUGAAAGUAAACUAAACUUCAAUUUCUGCCUCUUUCAUUCUAGCUUUCACUAUUUUUAUGCUCAUUUUACUUGUAAGUGUUUGUGAAACAUGGUGUAGCAUGAGUCUCAAGAGGAUGACUGUUGAGUUUGCAUUUAAUUUUCUGUGCUUAGGUUUAAAAUAUAUUUUUAUAAACAACUGAACAUUCAUCAUUAAUUCUUGGCAAACUUGUUGAUGUUUUGUAAAUAGCAUAGUGCAAUAACUGUUAAGACAGUGUUAAGAUCAGUAAUGUACUGGCAGAAAAUGUGCUGAACUGAUUCAGCAAAUUUAUCUUGAGGCACUUAAUGGCAAAGCCCUCCAUGAUAGAAGAGCAUGUUCUGGCUAGUGCGGAGACAUCAGUUUGAGCUCAUGCUUAAGAACUGAAUAACAUUUUAUCAGCUAGGAUUCAUGUUCAUGUAAAGCUGUUCAAAAUUUGGUAAAUGACCUGUGCAAAAUCUUUUUUUUGAAAAAGCACCCUGUGUGGCUUAAAGCGGGUCACACUAAUAGGACAGUCUCGUUUUCAUAUCAAAACACUAAUGCAUAAUGAACUUAAUAUGUGUAAAUAUAUCUGGAGUGUUGUGUUUUUAUACUUAUUUAUUAGGAGUCAUGUAUAAGUACAGAAUCUUACAUUAUGGCAGUAUGUAGCAAUCAUUCAAAUGUUCUACUGGUGUCUUAAUAGUUCUUUCCUGGAUCUUGGUAAAGUCCUUUGCACUUUAAAAUUUUACUCCUAGAUGGUAGGAGUAGAGCUGAAGAGUAAAUAAAAAUGUUGUACUGGUUAGACCAGAAGCAGAAAGUAGUGUUACUUAACACAGAAAUGUACAGCUAUAAACAGUAUUAAAUUGUAUGUGAAAACUACAUUUUUAUGCAAUAAAUUAUAUUUUGGUAUUUAAACAA